AAAAGUUCCCCACUUCCCCCUCCUGGCCUCACUUUUCAAGUCAGCCAGCUCUGAAUCUCCACCUCGCUCUCAUUUUUUAAUCUCAUUAGAAGCGACAUAGAUUCCUCCAGCAUGAACUUCAGAGCCUCCACCCUGCAGACACCUUCUGCUCGGAUCUCCAUGACCCGCUCUGCUCCUCAGUACCGAGCUGCCAGUAUUUAUGGUGGUGCUGGGGGGCACGGCGCUCGCAUCUCCUCUACCUCUGCAUCUUCCCUGCGCUCAGGUGCUCCAGUCUCAUCCUCCUCAGGUGGCUUCAAGCUGAGCAGUGCUCUGGGGGGUGGUAUGGGUGGGGGCUUUGGAGCUGCGUCUGCUUCAACCGGUACAGGCGGUGGCAUCCUGGGCAAUGAGAAGGGGGCAAUGCAGAACCUGAACGACCGCCUGGCCAACUACCUGGACACGGUGAGGAACCUGGAACAGGCCAACAGGAAGCUGGAGUUGAACAUCAGGGAGGCCCUGGAGAAAGGAGGUCCUGACAUCAGAGAUUACAGCAAAUACGAUGCCAUCAUAGAGGAUUUACGCAAAGAGAUCUUUGAUAAGAUAGUAGACAACGCUCGCUUUGUGCUCCAGAUUGACAACGCCCGCCUUGCAGCUGACGACUUCAAAGUAAAGUACGACAAUGAGCUGGCGAUCCGGCAGUCUGUGGAGGCCGACAUCGCAGGGCUGAAGAAAGUCCUUGAUGACACCAACAUGAGCAGGAUGCACAUCGAGAGCGAGAUGGAGGCUGUGAAGGAGGAGCUCAGCUACCUGAAGAGGAACCAUGAGAAUGAAGUCAUGGAGCUGAGGAACCAGAUCUCCCAGUCAGGCGUCCAAGUGGACGUGGAGGCUCCUAAAGGCCAGGACCUGUCCCAGAUCAUGGAGGACAUGAGGACAAACUACGAGAAGAUCGCCGUGAAGAAUGCAGAAGACCUCAAACGCUGGCAUGAAAAUCAAAUUUCAGAGGUGCAGGUCCAGGUAACACAGAACACCGAGGCUCUCCAGGGGGCUCAGGCGGAGAAGAGUGACUUAAUCAGACAGAUCCAGUCCCUGGAAAUCGAACUUGCAUCACAACAGAGCUUAAAAGCCUCUUUAGAGGACACUCUGCUCGGCACAGAGCAACGCUACAACAUGGAAAUGGAGAAGUACAACUCCAUCGUUCUGCGGCUGGAGGACGAACUUGGCAGCUUGCGUGCAAACAUACAGCAACAGACGCAAGAGUACGAGGUGCUGCUCAACAUGAAGAUGAAACUAGAGGCUGAGAUCAGCACUUACAAGAGCCUGCUGGAUGGAGGAGACUUUAGGUUCCAGGAUGCAGUGGAUGAGCUGGAGGCCAUAAGUUAAUUUGGAUUAAAAGAGUCCUCAAACACCUGUAACAAUUAAAAAUUUGCAGUAAUGGAAAAAAAAAGGUUUGGCUUAAAAUAUGUUUUAUACCAAAAUCAGUUAAGAGGGUGAAAGAAAUUCUUAAUAAAGACACACAGAGUGAAUAAAACCAGGAAGUUUUAGAAAAAUUCAGUGUCUGACCUGACAGAAAUAAAUAAAAUCAACUGUUAA